UUAUCGAAGAAGGAGUAGGUGACGACCGUAAUGACGACACAGCACAACAACCAAUCACAGGUCAGGAGUGAAGAUGGCGGAAUCCGAGAUGAGCGUCAGGAGCAGUCGAGAAUUACAUACCAUAUUGCUGGGAAGAUCUGCAUUGCGAGAGCCGGCUCAGAUAGAGGCAGAGCUCGACAGACACUGGGAGAGACUGCAUCAAGGUCUAUGUUAUUACAAGCCACCCAGCUCGUCCUCUGCUGGGAAAGUGAAGGAGGACAAAGAUGUUGCACAACCAUUGAAGGAUUUUGGUCUGAGGAUCAGUAAACUAUUGUGUCUUGAUGAGCACCAGAGUGUGCAGCUUUUACAGUGCUACCUACAGGAGGACUACAGAGGAACUCGUGAUUCGUUAAAGGUUGUUUUCAAAGAUGAGCGACAAAGCCAGUCACUGCUGCUUAAGGUGGCUGACUAUUAUUACGAGGAGCGCAUGUGUCUGCUCAGAUGUGUCCUACUAUUGCUGACAUACUUUCAGGAUGAGCGACAUCCCUACAGAGCUGAGUACAGUAACUGUGUGAAUAAAUUGGAGAAGGACCUGGUGAGCAAGUAUAAGUCACAGUUUGAAAACCUCUUCAAAGCAGAAGCACCAACAUGGGAAACUCACGGAAACCUCAUGACGGAGAGGCAGGUGUCCCACUGGUUCCUGCAGUGUCUGAGGGAACAGUCUCUUCUGCUGGAGAUCAUCUUCCUGUACUACGCAUACUUUGAGAUGAGCCCGUCCGACUUGCUGAGCUUCACCAAAAUGUUCAAAGAGCAAGGCUUCGGUUUGAGGCAGACCAACAGACAUCUUGUAGAUAAAAGCAUGGACGCCCUGGUCGAGCGCAUUGGAUAUUUUAGCUCCCUAAUCCUGGUGGAAGGAAUGGACAUAGACUUUCUGCACAAGUGUGCCCUGGAGGAGUGCACAGAGCAGCAUCAGUUCUCCAGCGCUGCAGACGUCAUCAAGGGGAUGGAUCAGCUGCUGUUGACGUUCGGAGACAUCCCUCACCACGGGCCGGUGCUGCUGGCCUGGGUUCUGCUGAGACACACACUGCGACCGGAGGAGUCCAGCCCCGUCAUCAGGAGGAUCGGAAACACUGCCCUGCAGCUCGAGGUGUUCAAGUACAUCUCAACCAUGCUGAAGGGCCUCGGCGUGUCAGGAAAUAAUGUCACAGCAAUCACAGCAAAGAUGUGUAUCUACGGUCUCCUCUCGUUUGUGGUCACUUCUUUUGAGGAGGAAAGCCUACAGACUGGUGGUCAGGCGGCUCAGUGCUCCCACCUCAUCGAUGCUGCCUGUGAAGUGCUCUCUGCUCCAAAUCUGGCAGAAGUGUUUUGGGAAAUGAAACCGAACAUGGGACUGGGAAUGAUUCUGGACAGUGCAGUCGGGAUGUUCCCUCACAAAAUCGGACCUCUGUUACAGCUUCUAACUGCACUUCUGUCAAACAAGUCCACUGUGAAAAAGGUGUACAACUUUUUGGAUAAGAUGUCCUACUACACACAAGUUUACAAACAUAAACCAAAUGACGUAAUCUCGAAGGAUGAUGAGACGCUGUGGAGAAGACAAACACCGAAACUGCUCUACCCACUCGGCACAGGGCAGACUAACCUGUGGAUGCCGCAGGGGGUUCUGGGUCAGGUGAUGAUCGGGGGGGAGCAGGGCUACGUGGUGCGCUGGGAUCACUCCUACAGCUCCUGGACUCUCUUCACCUGCGAGGUGGAGAUGCUGCUCCAUGUUGUUUCAACCGCAGAUGUGAUCGCCCACUGUGUGCGUGUGAAACCUGUCCUGGAUCUGGUGCAUAAGAUCAUCAGCACAGACUGGACCGUGUCCGACUGUCUGCUGCCUCUCACCUCACGCAUCUACAUGCUGCUGCAGAGGUUAACAUCAGUCAUCAACCCUCCAGUGGAUGUGAUCGCCUCAUGUGUGAACUGCCUCUCUGUACUGGCUGCAAGGAUGCCUGCAAAGGUGUGGUCCAGUCUGCACCACACAGGUUUCCUCCCCUUUGCCUCCAACCCUCUGACCAACAUGGCUCAGUGUGUAAGUGCUGAAGGGAUGAAGGCAGGAAACUACGGCAACCUGCUAGUCCAGAUUGAGCAGCCGAAGGGGGAGUAUGCUGUGACCAUCGCCUUCCUGCGUCUCAUCACAACUCUGGUCAAGGGUCAGCUGGGCAGCACUCAGAACAAAGGUCUGAUCCCCUGUGUGCUGCUGGUGCUGAAGGAGAUGCUGCCCACCUACCACAAGUGGCGUUACAACACCUACGGGGUCAGAGAGAGGAUAGGAUGUCUUAUUUUGGAGCUGAUCCAUGCCAUUCUCAAUCUGAGUCCAGAGGGAGAGGAUCAGGCCAGCACCCCCACCCUGCAGUCUCUGUGUAUCUACAGCCUGGCCAACACUGAGGCUGGACAGGCGGUCGUUAACAUCAUGGGAGUCGGAGUGGACACCAUCGAUGUGGUGCUGGCUGCUCAGCCCAGCAGCUCCGAGGGUCCCGGGCAGAUCCUGAUCCAGACGGUCAAGCUGGCCUUCUCCGUCACCAACAACGUGAUCCGCCUGAAGCCUCCGUCUGACGUGGUGUCUCCUCUGGAGCAGGCGCUGACGCAGCACGGAGGCCACGGCAACAACCUCAUCGUGGUGUUGGCCAAGUAUAUUUACCACAAACACGACCCAGCGCUGCCCCGCCUCGCCAUCCAGCUGCUCAAGAGGCUCGCCACGGUGGCUCCCAUGUCAGUCUACGCUUGCCUGGGCAACGAUGCAGUAGCUAUCCGGGACGCCUUCCUCACUCGGCUGCAGAGCAAGACAGAAGACAUGAGGAUCAAGGUGAUGAUCCUGGAGUUCCUCACGGUGGCGGUGGAAACGCAGCCCGGCCUCAUCGAGCUUUUCCUCAACCUGGAAGUCAAAGAUGGGACGGAGGGGUCAAAGGAGUUUCUGCUUGGUGAGUGGAGCUGCCUCCAUGUGGUGUUGGAUCUGAUCGACUCCAAACAGCAGGGGAAGUAUUGGUGCCCCCCCAUGCUCCACAAAGCAGCGCUGGCCUUCCUGCUCGCCCUCUGGCAGGACCGCAGAGAUAGUGCCAUCUCUGUCCUGCGCACUAAAGAGAGGUUUUGGGAACAUUUGACAACGCCUCUCUUUGCAACCCUCACCCCUCCUUCAGAUACCACCGAGGCGUGUGUCCUGGAGACGUGUGCUUUUGUCAUGAAGAUCAUCGGCCUGGAGAUCUACUACGUUGUCAGUGGGUCUCUGGAGCAGUCCCUGAAGGAUGGGCUCCAGAAGUUUUCCAACGCUCGACGAUACGAGUACUGGUCCCAGUAUGUGAAGUCUCUGGUGUGCCACGUGGCAGAGAUGGAGGAGGAGGGGGUCGGCUCCCUCACUGAGACCCAGAUGCUGAUCUCUGCCUGGAGGAUGCUGCUGAUUCUUUCCACCUCCCAUUCCGAUGUGAUGCAGCUGACGGAGGACUCGACCAAACUGAAGCUUUUCAUGGACGUCCUGGACGGGACCAAAGCUGCUCUGACCAUCCCGAUGUCUGUGCCUUGUCUUCGCCUCGGGUCCAUGAUGGCCACUCUGCUGCUCAUCCUCCUCAAACAGUGGAGAAGUGUGGUUGCCACAGCUCCGGACAUCCUGUCUCCGCUCUCCCUGAUCCUGGAGAGCGUCCUGCAGGCCGACCACCACAUGAUGGAGAGAACCAAAGCCAAGAUCUUCUCGGCGCUCAUCUCUGUGCUGCAGAUUCAGGGACUCAAUGGUGGGGAUAUUUCCCAGCUGCCCCAGCUGCUGCUGUGUGUGUGUGAGACUGUAAAAGACGAGGCGCUGGCGCUCAUCGACAGCACCCGGCACAUGAGCCAGGUGGGGGAGGGGGUGGAGGACGAGGACAGCAUGGAGACGGACUCUUUCCGCAGCCCACAGAAGGACCAGAGAGACGGGGUGUGUGUGUUAGCGCUGCACCUAGCGAAGGAGCUGUGUCGCAGCGAUGAAGACGGUGAGCACUGGGUCUCUGUGAUGAGGAAGGUUCCCGUCCUCCCCUCUGUGCUCAGCGCUGUGGAGAUCAGCCUGAGAUCCAAACACAACCUGUACUUCAGCGAGGCAGCCCUUCACCUGUUGCUCACUCUGGCGCGCACUCCUCAGGGGGCAGCAGCUGUGGCUGGAGCAGGGAUCAUCCAGACCAUCUGCCUCCCCCUCCUCAGCGUCUACGAGGGCUCUUCAAACGGAGCAUCACAGAGUUUCUCCAGGAAGUCGCAGGACUCGGCCUGCUGGCCGGGGGUCUACCGCCUCUGCAUGUCCCUGAUGGAGAGUCUGCUCAAGACGCUGCGCUACAACUUCAUCAACGAAGCCCUGGACUUCGUAGGAGUUCAUCAAGAGCGCAUUCUACAGUGUCUGAACGCCGUGCGCACCGUGCAGAGCCUGGCCUGUCUGGACGAGGCCGAUCACACGGUGGGCUUCCUGCUGCAGCUCUCCAGCUUCUGCAAGGAGUGGCAGUUCCAUCUGCCCAAACUGCUGUGGGACGUUCAGGUGAACCUGUGCUAUCUGUGCCAGACCUGCACCUACCUGCUGCACAGCAAGAAGAUGCUCCACCACUACCUCCAGGCCAAAAAUGGUGAAGCGCUGCCCCCUGGUCCCCUCCCCAGGACACAGCGGGCCCCCCAGACCCCGUCUAAAGAGGCGGCCGGUGGAGGAGAGAGAGAGGAGGCGGAGCAGAAGGCCCUGCUGGCGGUGCAGUGCAGUCUGCUGAAGAUCCUCAGCAAAACGCUGGCCAUUCUGCAGCACUUCACUCCAGACUGCUGCCAGAUACUGCUGGACCAGAGCAUGGACCUGGCAGAGUAUCGGACCCUGUUCGUGCUCAGCUUCACCACGCCAGCGUUCGACCCCGAUGUGGCCCCUUCGUUUGGGACCCUGCUGGCCACCAUCAACGUGGGCCUGAGCAUGUUGGGAGAGAUAGAGAAGAAGAAAGAGCCAGUUUCUCAGAGCAUCGCCUCCCUGGCCUCAUCUGAGGAGAUCCAAGCUCUGAAGUCGUUGCUGAUGUUCACCAUGGAGAACUGUUUCUACGUGCUGAUCUCUCAGGCUGUGCGCUGCCUCAAAGACCCCUCCACCCCCCCCCGGGACAAACAGAGACUCAAACAGGAGCUCAGCUCGGAACUGAGCACUCUUCUUUCAAGUCUUUCCCGCCAUUUCCGCAGGGGCUCUCCGUCGUCUCCAGCCAGUGGCAUGCUCCCCUCCACCCAGAACAAGCCCCCCACCCCGGGCUCUAAAGCCAGCCACGAGGGCCAGGAGCCCUUCAUCCAGCUGGUGCAGGCCUUCGUAAGACUCGUGCAGAGAUAGACUCCCCUCCAGCAGUAGAAUUACAAAACCUUUUUUCUGUACAGUUAUUGCCGUAGUUCAACUAGCACAACUUUGACCUGCAGUGAGUGUGUUGUUGUAAUAUUUAAUAAAGAUUGGAGCCAUAAUUUCAACAUUUCGUUUUGCCAAAAUUACCGCCUGAUUGUGAAAAAUCCAACAUGUAUUAUAACGAGGUGUUUCUACAUCAGUCACUGACUGCCAUUAUCUUACCAAGGCCUAGUUUUAUAGGUCACUCUAUGACCAGACAUGUUUCUUCAAAAGUGACACCUUUCAUAUCAUCUCCUCGUGUUUGACGACUAAUCGUAGAAGGAAAGCUUAUUCUGUCAACUUUCUUUUUCUUAUCCUCUACUUUUCUAUCCAUGAACACAUUUUGAAGCAGCUACUAAGAUUUGUAUUUAAAAAACAAACAUGCUAAUAAAGGGACUUUUGUACCACAA